CGCCUCCCGCAGCCCCGGGAGCCGCGUCCCAGGGGACCGCAAAGGAGUCCUCGCUUCCCGGGACCCGCUCCCAAAGGAGCCCCCCGAGACCCGCUUCCCAAGGGAGACUCGCACCCCAAAGGCGCCCCCGCUGUCCCGGCGAGCAAAACACCAAAGGGAAAAGGCUUCUCGUCCUCCGCUUCUGCUCUCAGUUGGGGUUUGAUUUGCAUCAUCUCCCGAGCCCAUUAGGAGAAAUAAAUAAAUAAAUAAAUUAAAGGAAAAAAAAAAAAAAAAGAGAAAAGGCAAACCAAACCCACACAAAACAUGUUGUGCGGAAGGACUUCCACUCCCUGGCUGUGCUGUUAAGGAUCAGGAAGAGCCUUUGGGGGCUGCAGGAUCUCACUAGGCUGAUGCUGCUGCUCAAGGAUUUGGUGCAGGGAGACAAAACUGCUGCCUCUUCCAUCCGCUGAUCUCAACAUCUGCAUUUUCCUGCUGCUGUGCUCCCUCUCACACCCUCUCUCCAUGGACUGAUUUUUUGGAUUUUUUUUCCCCCCCUUUUUUUUUUUUUGGGUGGGGAGGGGGGAAGGACGAGCAGAAAAUCGAGGCAUCGCGUGGAGAGGAGUGAAAUUGCCCUUUAUAUCUCGCGUUCUGGGGGGAUCUCUUUUGGAGGCGAAGCUUUUUUGGAAAAGAAAACAUGACGUCGCCAGCAAAAUUCAAAAAGGAUAAGGAGAUCAUAGCCGAGUAUGACACUCAAGUUAAAGAGAUCCGUGCCCAAUUGGUAGAGCAGCUGAAAUGCCUUGACCAACAGUGUGAGCUUCGGGUCCAGUUACUGCAGGACUUGCAGGAUUUCUUCCGCAAGAAGGCAGAGAUUGAGAUGGAUUACUCAAGGAAUUUGGAGAAGUUGGCUGAGAGAUUCCUGGCUAAAACUAGGAGCACCAAAGACCAGCAAUUCAAGAAGGAUCAGAACGUGCUGUCGCCAGUGAACUGCUGGAACCUGUUGCUCAAUCAGGUGAAGAGGGAGAGCAGGGACCACACCACCCUCAGUGACAUCUAUCUCAACAACAUCAUCCCUCGCUUUGUGCAGGUCAGCGAGGACUCAGGACGCCUCUUCAAGAAGAGCAAGGAAGUGGGAUUGCAGCUCCAGGAAGACUUGAUGAAGGUCUUGAAUGAACUCUACACGGUGAUGAAAACCUACCACAUGUACAACGCCGACAGCAUCAGCGCCCAGAGCAAGCUGAAGGAGGCCGAGAAGCAGGAGGAGAAGCAGAUUGGGAAGUCUGUGAAGCAGGAGGACAAGCAGACCCCCCGCUCCCCGGACUCCACCUCCAACGUCAAGUUCGAGGAGAAACACGUCCGGCGAAGCUCCGUCAAGAAAAUCGAGAAGAUGAAGGAGAAGCGCCAGGCAAAGUACACAGAGAACAGGCUGAAGGCCAUUAAGGCAAGGAAUGAGUAUCUGCUGGCCCUGGAAGCCACCAAUGCCUCGGUGUUCAAGUAUUACAUCCACGACCUGUCUGAUCUCAUUGAUCAGUGCUGUGACCUGGGGUACCACGCCAGCCUCAACAGAGCCCUGAGGACGUUCCUGUCGGCCGAGCUGAACCUGGAGCAGUCGAAGCACGAGGGGCUGGACGCCAUCGAGAACGCCGUGGAGAACCUGGACGCCAACAGCGACAAGCAGAGGCUGAUGGAGAUGUACAACAACGUCUUCUGCCCCCCCAUGAAGUUCGAGUUCCAGCCACACAUGGGUGACAUGGAGUCCCAGCUGUGUGCCCAGCAGCCAGUCCAGAGUGAGUUGGUGCAGAGGUGUCAGCAGUUGCAGUCCAGGUUAUCUACACUGAAGAUUGAAAAUGAAGAGGUUAAGAAGACCAUGGAAGCCACUCUGCAGACAAUCCAGGACAUUGUCACCAUAGAGGACUUUGAUGUCUCGGACUGUUUCCAGUACAGCAACUCCAUGGAGUCUGUGAAAUCCACUGUCUCAGAAACCUUCAUGAGCAAACCCAGCAUUGCCAAGAGAAGGGCGAACCAGCAGGAGACAGAGCAGUUCUACUUCACUAAAAUGAAGGAGUACCUGGAAGGCAGGAACCUGAUAACGAAGCUCCAAGCCAAGCACGACCUUCUCCAGAAGACCCUGGGAGAAAGUCAGCGGACUGACUGCGCCCUAGCCAGUGGCAGGCGCAGCUCCACCGUGAGGAAGCAGGAUUCCUCCCAAGCCAUUCCCUUGGUUGUGGAGAGCUGCAUCCGAUUCAUCAGCAGGCACGGUUUGCAGCAUGAAGGAAUAUUCCGGGUGUCUGGGUCACAAGUUGAAGUGAACGACAUAAAAAAUGCAUUUGAGAGAGGGGAAGAUCCCUUGGCUGGGGACCAGAAUGACCACGACAUGGAUUCAAUAGCAGGAGUCCUGAAGCUCUAUUUUCGAGGGCUGGAGCACCCACUCUUCCCCAAGGAUAUCUUUCAUGAUCUGAUUGCCUGUGUCACAAUGGAUAAUUUACAGGAGAGAGCCCUGCACGUCCGGAAGGUGCUGCUGAACCUGCCCAAGACCACCCUGAUUGUGAUGAGAUACCUCUUUGCAUUCCUCAAUCAUUUAUCUCAGUUCAGUGAAGAAAACAUGAUGGAUCCCUACAAUUUAGCCAUCUGCUUUGGGCCAACGCUGAUGUCAGUGCCUGAAGGUCACGACCAAGUCUCUUGCCAGGCUCAUGUCAAUGAAUUGAUCAAAACCAUCAUCAUCCAACAUGAGAACAUCUUCCCAGGCCCAAGGGAGCUGGAGGGUCCAGUCUAUAGCAGAGGUGGAAGCACAGAGGAUUACUGUGAGAGUCCCCAUGGAGAGAGAGCCUCCACAGAAGACUCGGUGCAGGACGUCACGGCCGAGCACCACACCAGUGAUGAUGAGUGUGAGCCCAUAGAAGCAAUAGCAAAGUUUGACUACCUUGGCAGGACAGCACGAGAGCUGUCCUUCAAAAAAGGAGCCUCCCUCCUGCUCUACCAGCGGGCCUCGGACGACUGGUGGGAGGGACGGCACAACGGGAUCGACGGCCUCAUCCCCCACCAGUACAUCGUCGUCCAGGACACUGAGGAUGGAAUCUCAGAAAGGUCCAGCCCGAAGUCUGAAAUAGAAAUAAACUCUGAGCCACCGGAAGAAAAAGUGACAGCCAGAGCUGGUGCCAGCUGCCCGAGCGGGGGGCACGUCGCAGAUAUUUACCUUGCAAACAUCAACAAGCAAAGAAAGAAACCAGAGUCAGGCAGCAUCAGAAGAGCCUUCCGUCAAAGUGACAGCCAUGGACUAGGUAGUUCACUGGCAGAACCAGCCUCCCCCGGAGCCAUAGCCGGUUCCAGACCCUCAUCUCAGCCCAUUAUGAGCCAAAGUCUUCCCAAGGAGGUUCCAGAUAAAUGCUCCAUCAGUGGCCACGGCAGCCUCAAUUCCAUCAGCCGACACUCGUCGCUGAAGAACAGGAUCGACAGCCCCCAGAUCCGGAAAACUGUCACAGCAGGGAGGUCCAAGAGCUUCAACAACCACCGGCCCAUGGACCCCGAGGUCAUUGCACAGGACAUUGAAGCCACAAUGAACUCUGCUCUGAACGAGCUGCGGGAGCUGGAGAGGCAGAGCAGCGUCAAGCACACGCCGGACGUUGUCCUGGACACCCUGGAGCCCUUGAAAACGUCCCCCGUGGUGGCCCCCACCUCGGAACCCUCCAGCCCUCUGCACACCCAGCUCCUCAAGGACUCUGAGCCGCCCUUCCAGCGCAGUGCCAGCACGGCCGGGGACAUUCCGUGCACCUUCCGGCCCGUCAAGUCCGUCAAAAUGGCCACGCAGGUGAAACCUCCGGCCACCCGCCCCAAACCCGCCGUGUUCCCCAAAACCAACGCCACGAGCCCCGGCGUGGCCUCCUCCGCGUCCCAGCAGCCCCCUGACAAGUCCUGUACUGUGUGAUGAACUCGGUGCUGCUCCGUGGAGACGGCUCUUACCCCUUCGGAUGGAGAGACUCUGUUACACAAAGACGUUAAAAUUCCUAUUUAAGUGAUUUUUUUUUUUUUUUUUUUCCGAACUGAAGGUUUAGUUGUGAAACUGCCGCUCGCUCUUCCCGGGAGCUCUUCCCGGGAGCGAACUGAGCGGUAACAACCUCGUCCCACGUCCCCACAUGGCUGAUGUGUGUGGGGCAAAGCGGUUCCUGCCACGCUCGGGGAAACCCGGAGUCGGGUCACUGUGAAGCUGAGCAGGAAAACACACACAGGAGGGAUGAGUUGGAUCUUGGUUUCUGGUUGAUGCCUUGUCCAUGUGUUUGGCCACUGAAAGAAACACUCAGUGGCAUCCUGUUUUUGGAUACUGGUGUAGUGACUUAUAUAUUCUGUGUUUCAUUUACCACAGGGAAACAAUAGGAUAGAUUUUAGUCUCUUGCAUGUUUUGGUGCCACUGGUUACGUGGAGCUUGGACAUGCCUGUUUCUUGUGCAUUAUUAUUAUUAUUAUUAUUAUUCUGUCGCCCGCCGGUGCCAUGGUGGUUUAAGGGUCUGUCUCGACUUCCAUCACAUCCUCUGGUUUUGUUUGUUUGCUCCCCCUUCCUUCCCCCUCCCCGGGGCCAAAGCCCUUGGCCAUCCAGCCUCAUGCUUUAGUUGACACUUGUCAUGAAAAAUAGUUUACUCUGGAACACUCUUAGAUUUUUGUGGAGUUCUACGUAAUGUGUGUCUGUGCAAAUAUAAACAAACGUGCUCCUGAGGUUUAGGAGCAUAACAAAGAGCCCAGUUGUUGCUUAUGGACAAUCGAGCUGGUUUUUCCCCCCUUUGCUCUCCCGUAUUUAAAAACAGCUUUAUUGUUUCAGCGUGACUUCCAGCCCGUGGGCUCUGAUGUGCUGUGUGCUCUCGGGAGACUGAAUGUAAAAAACAAGUUCACUUGGAAAACUCAAGCAUCCCCUGGUAGGAGCCCACUUCCUAACGCACACAAUCCUCGGUCUGAUCACUCGUCAGGAUGGAUCCUCACCAAAAUCCCAGUGACAAGCACUGUAAAAAAAAAAAAACAAAAAAACAAACUUCGCUCCGAAGUUCUCAAACUUCCUACCUUCUCCCUCUUUCUGGUUGCCAACGCUUCGGUCGGUGGCCGUGACCGCCGCGACUCGAUUUAGGGAUCUCUGCUCUUAUAGAGCAGGGCAGGAAACGCCGCUGGGGACAGUGAUGUGACAGCACACGUGGCUUCUGGAGUGGCUUCCCUGCGUGUCCCUUGGCGUGGCUCCUCCCUAGGACUCGGACAUGUGAAUGGAUUCGUAGUAUUUGUAUUUAUCUGUAGGCAGCAAACGCUCCAGCUGCCCACAGGCUGCAAGGACUCUUUUGUACUCCUCUGGGAAUUCUCCACAAUGCUCAUGUUUAUUUAAUUUAAUAAUAAUAAUAAUUAAAAACAAACAAACAAACAAAAAACCCACAACAAAGGCAUGUGCCACUUGCAGCGCUAAGGAAGAUUCACAGCCCUGGCUGACCCUGGUUCUCCUUGUUCCUAAACUUUUCUGGGAUGUUAAAACAAGCUGCACAUCUUAUGUGUUCAUCAGACAAAUUCAGGCAAGGGCAAGAUAAGAAAAAUCAUUUUUCUCGCCCGUUUAGCUGAGUUUCUUUCCAGUUUGUGGGUUCCUCGUGACUGCGAUGUCGGUUUAAUUGGCACUUAGUAAUUAAAAAAGAAGAAACGAAACGUGCUUUUCUAAGAAGGGCUGCUGAAAUGGGUUUUUUCUCGUUAAUUUAGGAUGUUACUUGGAAAAAUGGAGCAGGGUUUUCCUGUGUCCCUGCCCGUCCCCACACGCACACACCCCCCUCUCUCUACAGGAGCAAUCAAUCCAUAUUAAUGAUGGCUUUUCAAAACACCAACUUCCUCUCUGCCCUAAAUUAAGAAAAUUGUGGAACACUGGAAAGAUUUCAGUGAGAACACUCUUUGUUAUCCAUUUCUCCUCAGCUUUCCCUGGGGAAGCCCCAUGGUACGUGUGUGACUGUCACUGGACCUCACAGAAGAUCCCAAGGGCGCGACCGGCGACCUUUGCUCUCAGGUUCUGAUGGACUUCUACCACCAAGGAAUCACUUGUUCUUUUGGGGAAAAAUAGAAUUAAUUAGACUUGUAAUUUUUUGCUCAGGCAGAACUUGCUGGCAUUUCCUUUUAAGUAGGAAUUUUUUUGGUUUUCUUUUUUUUUUUUUUUUGGUCAUAAAUGACCAAAGUUAAUCUGUAUCAGGAGCAGGAUCUCUGUAAAUCGACUUCAACUCAUUUGUAAUGCCUUAUUUUCUUUCUAUUUUUAUGCCUAGCGUUCAUGUUUCUAAGAAUAAGUGUCCAGCCACGCACAGCACAUUGGAGGAGAUGCUCUUCUCUAUCUUCCAGGUCUGAAGUGUGAAAUUAGGAGAUUUAAACAACAACAGCAACAAAAAAAAA